UGACAGUUUCAGAGGAGUGAGGGAGAGGGAAGCAGCCGGGCGCGUGGCAGAGACCGGCGACCCCAUAAGGAGCGGGGCCGGGCACGCGAUGCGGGACAGCGCUGCCCAGGGGAUGGGGAGCCCGUGUUGCCCGGCGUUUCCCCGGGGGGCCGGGGUGAGCGCGGGGACGGAGCCAGGCGAGAAGGGGCUGGCGUAUCAAGAGACGCCUGAGCUCUUGGAGGGGGUGAAGCCAGUGCCCGGGUCAGUGGAAGCCGAGACCCCCAAUGGGCCUGGCCCCGUGGGGGGGCCCGAGGUGCGCCUGUCCCUGCGCCGCUGGGCCGUGGUGCUGCUGUUCAGCUGCUACUCGCUCUGCAAUGCCUUCCAGUGGAUCCAGUACGGCAGCAUCAACAACAUCUUCAUGCACUUCUACGGCGUGAGCGCCUUCGCCAUCGACUGGCUCUCCAUGUGCUACAUGCUCACCUACAUCCCCCUUCUGUUCCCUGUGGCCUGGCUGCUGGACAAGAGGGGGCUGCGCCUCAUCGCCCUCGCCGGUUCAGCCUUCAACUGUCUAGGCGCCUGGGUGAAGCUGGGCAGCAUGAAGCCGCACCUCUUCCCUGUCACCGUCCUAGGGCAGGUCAUCUGCUCGGUGGCACAGGUCUUCAUUCUGGGCAUGCCCUCGCGCAUCGCCUCCGUCUGGUUCGGGUCCCAUGAGGUCUCUACUGCCUGCUCCAUCGCUGUCUUUGGGAACCAGCUUGGAAUUGCAGUUGGCUUUGUUCUCCCUCCCAUUCUGGUUCCCAACUUGGAGGACACAGAACAGCUGGCCUACCACAUCAGCAUCAUGUUCUUCAUCACUGCAGCCGUGGCAACGGUGCUCUUCAUCCUCGUCAUCAUUGUGUUCCGGGAAAAGCCCCUGUUUCCGCCAAGCCGGGCCCAGGCCUUGAUCCAAUUGAAACCACCUGAGGAAUAUUCCUACGUGCAGUCCAUCCUCAGGCUGCUCCGCAAUACCAAUUUCAUCCUGUUGAUAGUCGCGUAUGGUUUGAACACUGGUUGCUUCUACGCCCUGUCCACUCUGCUGAACCGCAUGGUGAUCCAGAACUAUCCAGGGGAGGAGGUGAAUGCUGGAAGAAUUGGACUCACCAUUGUAGUGUCUGGCAUGGCUGGAGCUCUGCUCUCUGGCAUCUGGUUGGAUAAAACCAAAACCUACAAGAAGACGACGCUGGUGGUUUACAUCAUGUCUCUGGGGGGCUUGGUAGCCUAUACCUUCACCCUGAGCCUAGGCCACCUCUGGGUGGUCUUUGUGACUGCAGGCGUGCUGGGAUUCUUCAUGACCGGGUACCUACCGCUGGGUUUUGAGUUUGCGGCAGAGUUAACGUACCCAGAGUCAGAAGGAACAUCUUCAGGCCUCCUUAAUGUAUCGGCACAGGUUUUCGGGAUCAUUUUCACCAUUGCCCAAGGGAAGAUCAUCGAACGCUUUGGGACGCAGGCGGGAAACCUCUUUCUUUGCUCCUUCCUACUCCUGGGGACUUUCAUAACUGUGUUCAUUAAGGCCGAUCUCCGGAGACAGCAGGCCAAUAUGGACGGUGAACAGACGGGCCCUCAUCUAGGAGGUGUUAAAACAAAGAGAAGGAGGCACAGCUGCUAUUUCAAUAGGACGCAUCCUCCCCUCCUGUGGAACUGUCAGGCAGACCCAGGAACUAAACACAUUAAGAACUGGAGGGAUAUGCUGGUGGUGAAGGGUCUUCAAACAUGGAGUAAUUCAGGGUAAAUAUCAAACCCAUCCAGGAGCUGCUCUCAUUGGAGGCCUCCGAGAGACUCUCCUUCAGCUCUGACCUCUGUCUGGCUUCUUCGCAUGAACUUUAUGACCUAGGUAUUUCCCAAGCAAGCAAGCAAGUGGAGCAGGGCAGGAAUAAGAGGCUGGGUCUAUAACAAACAGUGUCAUAACAGAGAGAAGUUUUCUGCACAGAUUUAAUAACUCCCAGUCCAUAAACUUCCUCCUGUUGGCUGUAUAGCCUGGGCUAGCUGGUCUCUCAGUAAAAUAAAUGGACUAAAUGGGAGUCUGGUCAAAUAUGCAAAUACUUUAAGUCCCAACUUGAGCAGAUUUUGAUCUGUCUAACUCACACUCGAUGGGUUAAAAUGGAAGCAUCCAUUAGAAGAGGGGAGGCUGAAAUGUUGCUCACAUUUAUUGCCUCCUGGGGAGCUUUGAGCUAAAGGUUUUCCAACAGAAGAUUCUGUAGUAUUUUCAGGAGCUUUGCCAAGUACCCCACUUGCUCUCCAUGCAGCUGGGGGUUUCAUUGGUUUCCUCCUUCUCCAGGAAUGGAUGACUUUUCUGUCUCUCUCUCUUGCUCAUGUCCCUUUUUCUGGGAUCAUGACUGUGGCUGU